AUGGAAGAUCCGGUGAUGCUACAGUCAGCAGUUCGUCUGCCUACUCCCCCACCGGGCGCGUCCUACUCUCCCCAGCCUUCUGGGACUCGAAAACGGUCACCACCAUCCCGAUCCCCUUCACCUGACCGACGUCGUUCUCCUCCAAACGGGACGUCUCGUGGAGGGCCUGACUUUCCUCAUGGCGAGUCAAACAGUCAUAUGGAGAGAGAACAUCAGCUCACCGAACGGCUUCGAAUACGAGAAGCUCCUGCGAAGCCCCUGACCGAAGAAGAGAAGCAAGCUGCUGCGAAGGCGGAAUAUGAAAAACUGCUGAAUAUGCGCUCUGGUGGAACUUACAUUCCUCCGGCGAAACUUAGAGCACUGCAAGCUCAGAUCACUGAUAAGACGAGCAAGGAGUAUCAGCGGAUGUCAUGGGAGGCCCUGAAGAAAUCCAUUAACGGUUUGAUCAACAAAGUCAACGUUUCGAACAUCAAAUUUAUCGUUCCUGAGCUUUUUGGAGAGAAUCUCGUUCGCGGAAGAGGUCUCUUUUGCCGAAGUAUUAUGAAAGCUCAGGCUGCUAGUUUGCCGUUUACGCCAAUAUAUGCAGCCAUGGCCGCGAUUGUCAACACAAAACUUCCGCAGGUGGGAGAGCUUUUGCUAAAUCGGCUCAUAGUCCAGUUCCGCAAGGCCUUCAAGCGAAAUGACAAAGCCGUUUGCAUCUCGUCGACCACCUUUAUUGCCCACUUGUGUAAUCAACAGGUGGCACAUGAAAUGGUAGCUGCUCAAAUCCUUCUGCUUUUGCUACACAAACCUACGGAUGAUAGUGUGGAGAUUGCUGUUGGCCUUACUAGGGAGGUCGGACAAUACUUGGAGGAAAUGGGAGGGCCAAUCGCGCUGGCUGUGUUUGACCAGUUCAGAAACAUACUUCACGAGGCGGAUAUUGACAAGCGUGUUCAAUAUAUGAUCGAAGUUCUAUUCCAGGUCCGAAAGGAUCAUUACAAAGAUAACCCUGCUAUCAAGGAAGAGCUCGAUCUCGUCGAGGAGGAAGACCAGAUCACGCAUCGCAUUAGUCUUGAUGAUGAAAUCGAUGUCCAAGAUGGUCUGAAUAUAUUUAAGUAUGAUGCUCAGUGGGAGGAACAUGAAAAUGCAUAUAAGAAGUUAAAAGCCGAGAUUCUGGGCGAAGGGAGUGAUGACGAAGACGGGGACGAGGGUGAAUCGGAUGAAAGCUCCGAUGAGGAUGAGGAAGACGAGAAAGACCAGCAGAUGGACAUUAAGGAUCAGAGCAAUACCGAUCUUGUUAACCUCAGGAGGACGAUCUAUUUAACUAUUAUGUCGAGUAUUGACUUUGAAGAAUGCUGCCACAAACUCAUGAAGAUCACUUUGCCACCGGGACAGGAGUCGGAGUUGCCGUCCAUGAUCAUCGAAUGCUGCUCUCAGGAGCGGACUUAUUCCAAGUUCUAUGGCUUGAUCGGGGAGCGUUUUGCGAAACUCAACCGUCUUUGGGCUGAUCUGUUCGAAGAGGCCUUCAUCAAAUAUUACGAUACGAUCCACCGCUACGAAACAAACCGUCUUCGGAACAUUGCGAAAUUCUUUGGACAUAUGCUCAGCUCGGACGCGAUUGGCUGGCAUGCGUUGUCCAUUAUUCAUCUCAACGAAGAAGAGACAACAUCUAGUAGCCGUAUCUUUGUUAAAAUACUAUUCCAGGAACUGGCCGAAGUUCUUGGAAUGGCGAAGCUGCAGGAAAUUUUCAAGGAUGAUAUACUCCAACCUAGUUUUGAGGGUUUGUUCCCGAGUGAUAAUCCAAGAAACACGCGUUUCUCGAUCAAUUACUUUACUAGUAUUGGUAUGGGUGUCCUCACAGAAGGGAUGCGCGAGCAUUUGAAGAAUCUACCUAAACCUUCUUUUCCCGCCUUACCUGCACGAGCAGCAGAAUCAGACUCAGAAUCAGUCAGCUCAUAUUCAAGCUACUCGUCAUACACUGGCUCUUCCAGGUCGCGCUCGUAUUCUCGCUCUCGCUCACCCUCUCGUGGCCGAAGACGCUCCAUCUCGUUCUCCCGCUCUCCCUCAUCUCGAGGAAGAAGCCUUAGCAGAAGCAGUAGCAGAAGCUAUAGCUCUACGCCAUCCCGCUCACGGACACCUCCACCUAGGCGCCGGGAUAGACAACCACCAUACUCUCGGUCGCUAUCUCCUGCGAGCCACAGAUCUCGAUCUGUCUCAUAUUCUCCUGUACGUCGUCGAUCUCCUCUACGCAAGCGGUCAGAUUCGCGGGGUCAGAAAGCAAUCGCUAGCGGAAGAGGUAGCGGACGCUUUCCAUCCCGCUCAAUCAGCCCUCCCCGUCGCGGACGUGCCAAGGACACUCGCCACAGGUCGACAAGCUACUCACUCUCCCGAUCCCCUCCACCCCGCUCAAGCAGGGGAAGGCGGCGAAGUUCUCUGUCUUUGCCACGCUCACGAUCCCCCCCACCUCGCAAACCGAAUAGGGCCAGGCGACGAUCCCCUUCUAGAUCUGUAACCCCGCCUCGCUCUAGAGCAAUUAGAGGCCGGAGCAAGGACAGACGCCCAUCCAGGUCCCCGUCACGUUCUGCUUCCCCACCCCCGCGCUCUAGGCGCAGAUAUAGCCGGUCUCCUACAUCCCUUUCUCGUUCCCGAUCUCCUCAGCGCUCGUUGACUCCACCACGACGUGUGCAUCCACAACGUGAUCGCCGUUGGGGCCGUGAUGGUGGACGAAAACGUUCUCCUUCGCCGGCUGUUUCUCGAUCCCGGUCUCCAGUUAGAGCACCACUGCCCAGUGGGCGUGCGAGGGCUGCUGAUUUCUUGUAA